AUGAUCUAUCUAUCUAUCUAUCUAUCUAUCUAUCCUGAUCUCGCAUAUAUACAAAAUUCUUAUUUGUUGGUUUCCUUCCACUUGGCUAAUCUAUCUAUCUAUCUAUCUAUCUAUCUAUCUAUCUAUCUAUCUAUCUGUCUGUCCGUCCGUCCGUCUAUCUAUCUAUCUAUCUAUCUAUCUAUCUAUCUAUCUAUCUAUCUCAGUCUGUUCACAUCUGUCUCUGCUCAUAUACUGUCAUCUAUGAUAACAUCCGUUUCUUUCUAUCAUUCAGUUUGUCUCUCUUCCCUUCCUUCACAUAUGUCUUUGAAUAAUUCUACACGUCUCUUUCAAUAUUUUUCUUAUUUCUCUCUUAUCCACCACUUCUACAACUGCUAUUUUUUCAUAUCUUACUUUCACUUUCACUUUCACUUUUGGUUUUAUUUUUAUUCUCUAUAUGUUUCACGCACCUCGGGCUUCCGUCCCACUACUGCAAAUCUCAAACCGUCCCGUGCUCGCACCGUCACCCCAACUCCACGCAACAUUCACACGUUCCGUUACCGUCGCCGCUGA